AUGGAUUGUGGGAAGUCGAUGAGGGUCGGCAAUGAGCUUAUCACGGCUUUGAUUGAGCGUUGGAGGCCGGAGACGCACACUUUCCAUCUACCAAUUGGAGAGGCGACGGUGACCUUGGAAGAUGUGCAAGCCAUUUGGGGCUUGAGAGCGGACGGUCGCGUUUUCACAGGACGUGACCAUCAUGUCGGAUAUCCCGAUUGGCCUAGCAAGUGCCGAGAUUUGUUGGGAUGGAUACCGGAUACAAACACAGAGACAAAGCAAGGCGGUUUGCUGAUGAUCGCUCUGAUCAACCAGACGAGGAUACCUUUGGACACCACGGGGUGUAAGGUUCCUUUUAUGUGGUUGAAUGCAUUUGAGGAUCCGGACGAGGUGCAGAAUAUUAGUUGGGGAAAUGCGGCUUUGUCGUACCUGUAUCAUUACCUGUGCGAGGCUUCCAUGGAUAAGAGGAAAGAUUUGGGUGGGCCUAUGAUGCUUCUGCAGCUAUGGGCGUGGGAAAGAAUGCCCACAUUGAGGUCGUCGUUCAUAGGAGCACUCGUGCACGAGCCAUAUACGCCAUGUGGCGCCAGGUGGAAAGGAACUACGCAAAUAGGAAAUGCUCCUAGAUAUUCGGUUGAGCAUUACCGUGAUCAAAUAUCCCUGAUUAGACCUGACCAGUUUCUGUGGACGUCAUAUGCACAUUGCAUACUGUCUGACUACUGCAGUGAUGUGAAUGGAUGCUCCUUGUGCGACACUUACUUGGUGUGUUGGUCCUAUGUCGAGGCACAUGAGGCUGGACGAGUGCACCGACAGUUUAAUCGGUACCAGGAUAUUCCUCAAUAUGUAGAUAUGAUGCUAAAAAUUGCCGAUCAUUUGGGUAAAAAUGAUCGGCGUGGUAAGAAGGGUAACAAUUGGGAAAACACGCAUCAGUUCUACAUUGGGGAGUGGGACAUGAGGUAUGAAAGGUUCCAGGCAACCGAAGAUGCUGGAACGAUGUCCAUGAACAUUCCUAUGAGUCCGGGGUAUAUGGUGUGGUAUAACAAGAUUACAGUGACGUACCUGACUCAACCCGGGGCACGGUCAACUGCUGGGAUGAACGAGUCAGCUUCUUCGAUGAGAUUAUUUGUUGAGGGUUUUCAGCAGGUUUGGCAUUUAACUAGUGAAGAAGAAAUGGACCCAAGAAUGCGACAUAUUCGAGAAAUUGCUAGGCAUGCCCUUCAGUCUACGAACCACGCUGAUGUCAUGGAGUAUACGGCUUCCCAACACCAAGAUGUGGUCAUGCCUUAUCAACCACAAGUAAUUCCACCACGUCGUGGAGUGACUGGUGUUCGGACUGGAGGACACGGUUUCACAAAAUAG